AUGCUCUUCACGCCUUCCGCUGUGGUGCUCUGCGCCUUCACAGCUCUGAGCUCAUGCGCAUCAUUGGUGCAAGUCCAGAAUUUUGGGACAAACCCAACGAAGAUCAACAUGUAUGUCUAUGCACCAGACAAGAUAGCCACGAAGCCAGCAGUCAUCGUCGCAUUGCAUCCAUGUGGCGGGUCAGCUAGCCAAUGGUUUUCAGGAACUAAACUUCCAUCGUAUGCAGAUAGAUUGGGGUUCGUCCUCAUAUAUGCAGGAACGCCAAACAUGAACAACUGCUGGGACGUGCAGAGUGCAGGAAGCUUAACACAUGGCCAAGGUGGAGAUGCGCUUGGAAUCAUCAGCAUGGUCAACUACACUUUGAAUAAAUAUUCUGGCGAUGCAUCCAGAGUUUUUGUGAUGGGUGGCUCUUCUGGUGCAAUGAUGACCAAUGUCAUGGCAGGAUCAUAUCCCGAUGUCUUCGAAGCAGGAGCUGCGUUCUCAGGAACUGCUCAUGCAUGUUUUGCAGGUGCCCCAAGUGCAACUCCUGCAUCACAGAAUCAAACAUGUGCUCAAGGACUUCAACACACUGCUCAAGAAUGGGGCAACUUUGUUCGAAACUCAUACCCCGGUUACACAGGUCGUCGAACGCGUCUACAAAUAUUUCACGGCCUCGCAGAUAACCUGGUGAAGCCGCAAUGUGCAACCGAAGCGCUCAAGCAAUGGUCGAACGUGCACGGCGUCACGCUGAACAAGACUGUUGCUGGUGUACCAUCUUCAGCUUAUACUCAAGAGAUUUAUGGUGAUGGAACGAAGCUGCAAGGGUUCUUUGGAAAGGGUGUAGGCCAUAUCGCACCUGUCAACGAGGACUUGAUGCUCAAAUUCUUUGGACUUCUCUGA